AUGAGUAAAAUUUCACAAGCAGCCAUCACCCUUGAGCAAUCAGGAUUCACGAUUGCUGACAGAAAUGGGUUCAAGAUGUUUCAAUUCUUCCCCCUUCACUUUAGGAUGUACAAAAACAAGGUUCCUGAUGUUGGGCCCAUCAGAAUCGCAAAACAGAUGGGAUCUUCGAAUCUCGUAUGUCUUGUACCUGGUGUCAAUGGAAAUUAUUCUCAAAACAAUGUAAUCGUUUUCAAUGUGGAGGCGAAUCGUGGUGUGACAGAAAUCACGAUUCCUUCGAGAUACGGAGCAGUCACAAACAUCCAUGUCUCUCAUAACCGUCUUGCCGUAUUCACAUGUCAAAGAGUCUAUGUCUAUAGCUUUCCAAAUGACAUUCAACAAAUUCGAUCGGAAGAAAUUCGAAGCAACCCAAAAGGAAUCUCAGCAAUGAGCUAUGAUCCAACCACAACUUCUUGUUAUUUGGCCUAUCCUGGAUACAAAGAAGGAACGAUCCACAUCAUGAAUUUGAACACUCUCACAGCCCGUGAAUCAAAAUCCCCAAUUGUAAUUGACGCCCAUCUCACCGAAGUUGCCCAAGUUGCUCUAAAUUGCCAAGGGACUCUUGUUGCCUCUGGUUCCAUCAAAGGUACUGUAGUUAGAGUUUUCGAUGCCAGGACCAAAGGAAUGCUAUACGAGCUUCGUCGUGGAACGGUUCAAGCUCAUCUCCAAUGUAUCGCCUUCUCAUCUUGCUCUAGUUUCCUGGGAGUUGCAAGUGACAAAGGAACACUUCACAUCUUUGGAAUUCGGGAUGCCGAACCACAAAAGAAGAUGACAAUGCUUGAAAGGAACUGUGGAACCAGCAGUAUCCUGAGGAUCCAACUGGACCGUCAAGUCUUGGCUCUUGGCUUCAGCAAACAAUCAGCAAGGCAUCUGCCCGGAAUAGUAGCUAUCUGCUCAGAUGGAACAUACUGGAGAUACCACUUCAGCAAAGACAAUACUUCUGGAAAGUGUACCGCCGUUCUUCCACCAUUCUUCGAGCAACUACCGGACUUUGCCGAAGAUGCUGCAUUCUUCCGUACUCCCCUGGAUUAA